UUCUAGUGAAGUCACAAAAUGCUUUCCCUUUUGGAUGAUGGCUUCACGUCGUUCCAACAAAAAUCUCAGAAUUAGUUUGAGAGAUUCAAUUUCGAAGAAACUAAAAAAUGGAGUUGAAGAAGAAACCCUAGAUUGUAUCAGUCAGUUGCCGGAUGCAGUUUUGCUACAAAUUCUGUCUCUUUUGCCAACAAAUGAUGCAGUCAAAUCAUGUGUUCUCUCAAAGAGGUGGCGUUAUCUAUGGACUUCUAUUUAUAACUUCCUUUUCAUUGAUAGAAAUUACAACAAUGUCGAAAACUUCACAUCAUUUGUGGACCACGUUUUAACUCAUUCCACUUGUCCCAAAAUCAAAAAAUUCCAAGUCGAUUUUCAUCAUGGAGACUGGGAAUUUGAUUGCAAAAUUAGCCAAUGGCUUAGUUUUGCUGUGAAAAACAAAGUGGAAGAUGUUAUGUUCAAUUCAUAUCCAUCUCCUGAUGAACACUCUUAUGAGUUGCCUCUAUGUAUGUACACUUGUUCGUCAUUGAUUACAUUGUAUUUGAGUCAUUGGGUGUUUGAUAAAGGAUUGGUCAUAGCUUGGAACUCUCUAAAGAGCCUAACGCUGGACUCAACAACGUUAGAAGAUGACGAUAUUGUGAUAUUACUGUCAAGUUGUCCUGUUUUGGAAACUAUGGAGCUGUCAUUUUGCGUGGGUUGUCAUCGUCUAGAAAUUACUUCUUCAAAUUUAAAGAGACUGACGAUAGACUCUCAUUUGCAUCAUCGCUUGGUAGGAUAUGGUUCUCUGGAAAUUUUUGCCCCGCAUCUUCAGCAUUUGGAUAUUUCAGGAGAACUUUUUAAUGUCAGGUGUAGGCUUGUAAAUGUCUCCUCGUUGGUUAUUGCCAGCCUCACUUUUAGCAUUACAUGUAUCACCGUCAGUUGGGACGAAGAUGAUAUUGAGGAAGACAGUUGUCGUGAUCAUCAUCAAGAUAUCAGAAACCUUAUUUUGGACUAUCUUGAAAAGUUGAGUUAUGUGACUGAGCUAAUAAUUGGAAGUUGGUUUGCAGAGGUCGUGUUCAUGAUGAAACUUGAAGGAGUGAUGCUUCCAGAAUUGAGAUGCAAAUGUCUAACUCUAAAGUCUCAUGUAACAGAGUAUAAUCUGUAUGGGAUAGCCAGUCUUUUGCAAACCUCGCCUCUUUUGGAGUCACUCAACAUACACAUCGAAGACAAGGACUUUAACGAACCCCCCUGCCAGCUUGAGCAAAGCUAUUUCGCCGAAGUAGAUAAAAUCAAUUUGCCAAGUUGGAUUCCAGACAUUGUGUUUCCCAAUCUCAAGAGUGUUAAGAUUGUUGGCUGCAUAACACAAUGUUUGAAGGAGUGGUCUAAAGCGGGCUAUUGUAAGCUUUUUGAACUUUCGAAGUUUUUACUGAAGAAUGCAGUGGCUUUGCAGAAGCUUGUUAUCGUAGCAAAGAGAAGAAAAUGCUGCAUUUGUUCAGAGAACUGUGUGUCCCGGCAUUUAUCGCGGGUGGCUAAGAAAUUGAUAGACACCCCAAGAUCAUCAACAAAUUUUGUGAUUAUUUACCAAGAGAUUGCUUAGCAUGACCAAACUGGAAGUUUUGUUUCGGCAUACUAGAAAUACCUUAUAUUUUAGCUUCUGAUUUACUGCAGAUGUAAUUUGAACUUGUGGCAUUCCAAAUGUUAUGAUGGCUGCUUGGUUUCGUAGAA